GCAUAUAGAUUGGAUAGGAAAAGUAGAAAGAGUUGGUGGAAUGAAAGCGAGAGAUGGUUGGAUUGGAUUAGGAUGCAGAAGAGAAGAGAAGACCAACCAGCCGAAACGGAUGAGGCUGCCAUGUCAUGCCACGUCACUAACUCAUUUUAUUAAUAUAGAAACUUAAAAGGUAGUGGGAAGAGGAAGAAGAAGAAGAAGAAGAAGAAGAAGAAGAAGAUUAGAAGAAGAAGAAGAUAUGGAAAGAGGGUUAUCAGUGGAUGAAAUAUCGGAACAGUAUUGGGUUGCAGCCAGGAAAGAAACGUGCAAGUCAAAGUCAAACAUGAAUCGGAGCGACUCUGAGUGGGCCUUUCAGCAGUUUCUGCAGGAAGCUGCUUCUUCUUCGUCCUCUUCCGAUGUUAAACUCACAAACAUGGACAUCGUUGAUUCCGAUGACUACCAAGCUAUUCUCAAGACCAAGCUUAAUCUUGCAUGUGCAGCCGUUGCUUUCACUCGGGGAUCGUUGGGCAAAUCUCAAAAUCCUGACAGUACUUCUGAAGUUGAUUUGCAGGCUACCUUAAAAGGAUCUGGCCCUUGCGGAAGUGAUCCAUCUAAAUUACAAAAUAUAGAUGUCAAAGCACCAACCGGGGCUCCUUCCUCACCUUCCAUGCAAAAGAAACCUGCUGUUGCAAUGAGGCCAACAAUAAGUGGAUCAUCAAGAGAGCUAUCAGAUGAUGAGGAAGCAGAUGGAGAGAUUAAUAUGAGUGAAAACAUGAACCCUCUUGAUGCAAAACGAGUAAGGAGGAUGCUUUCUAAUAGGGAGUCUGCUAGACGCUCAAGACGAAGAAAACAGGCUCAUUUAACUGAGCUGGAGACACAGGUCUCACAAUUAAGAGGUGAAAAUUCUUCACUGUUAAAGCGCUUAACGGAUGUGAGCCAGAAAUACGGUGAUGCUGCAGUUGACAACAGAGUACUGAAAGCUGAUGUUGAAACAUUAAGAGCAAAGGUGAAGAUGGCUGAAGAGACACUCAAAAGAAUUACUGGGUUGAACCCAAUGUUUCAUGCCAUGACUGAGAUGUCAUCUAUGGGAAUGCAGCUGUUUGAUGAAAGUCCUUCUGAGACAUCAGCUGAUGCGGCCGUUUCUGUGCAAGAAGACCCAAAUCACCACCUUUGUGAACCCACUUCUAGUAAUAAUGGGUUGGGAUGCAUUUCUUCAAUUGAAAGUGUGCAGCAUAACGUUGCAGCAGUGGUAGGUGACAACAAAACUUCCCUGCAUAGAGUGGCUAGUUUGGAACAUCUUCAGAAGCGGAUUCGUGGUCGUGUAGAUUCACGUGCACCUCCUUCUAAUGGAGACCAAUAACAAUAACAUUAUGCUUUCAUACAACUCUUGUUUCUGCUAGUUGUUAGUAGGAGCAAAUUCUUGUUGACUACUUGUAAGUCAAUUUGAUGUAUGUGAAUCUUAUUGAGCACAUUCUAAUUCUACUGGACAAUCCUAUUUUUCUUCUAUUUAUUUUUGUGUGGACCCCUUCAAAUCUUAAUACAUGGCUGAUGUAUAACCUAGAUUAGUUAGUUAGAUAUGAUGGGGUCAGAGUGUUGGUAGAGUUAGGCUUAUUAUCCAAAUUGGAUAUUGUUUUCUUAAUUUAUUUGAGUUCUUGUCACGCUUAGUGGCAGUAUCCAAAUUGGAUAACAUUUGCUUUCAAUUCAACAAUCAAUUAAUUU